AUGUCAAAACCCACGAUUGAAAAGUUUGAUUCAAAUUAUCUUGAUUGGACAGAUAAGGUUCCAAAGUGCCCUAUAUACUUUCCAAGUAAAGAAGAGUUUGAGGAUCCUUUGGUUUAUAUGCAAAAGACAACUUUAGAAGCUUCAAGAUUUGGUAUAUGCAAGAUUGUUUCGCCUUUGAGUGUUCAUUGGUAUAGUGUUGACAAGAGAGAAAUCCGGUUAGUGAAGUGCCCAAAAUGCCUGAAUGUUCUGCCAGAGCUGCCAGAUAUUCCGGUGUACGCAUGUGGAGGCUGCGGUACAAGACUUCAAGCAAAGAAGCGGAAUAAAAGUAUCGUCGACACCACAUCACAGAGGCCAGAUGAGGGUUCUUCGGGAAAACAGAAAGUGGACAGCGUUUUUAUUGAUCAAGAAGCUUGCAGCAGCUCGAAUCAACAAUCUCUGCUUAGUUCCAUUGAUGAGUCAGUUCAAAAUGGUGAUCAUAAUGAUCUUAAUUGCUCAAUUAAAGAUCAAGAUGCAGCUGAUAGAGCUGAAAAUGGUACAGUUCCACCACCGACUGUUGUUGUAGAUUGUUCAUCUGAAAAAUUGAAACUGAAGCAAGUUUCUGAUAAUCAAGAACCCUGUUGUAGCUCAAAUCAGCAGUUAGUAGUAAGUUCGAGCGAUGAGCCGGAUCAAAACAUUCAUAAUGAUCCUCGUAGCUCGACUGAGUUUUCGGGUAAUGAAGAUCCACAGUCGUCGCCUGAAGCCAUAACUCAUAAGGGAAUCAAUCAACAACAAGAACAAAUACAAGAACAUGAACAAGAACGCGUUACAGUUGUUGGAGUCGAGCAUUCCUCAGGUAAACAGAAAAUCGAGCAGCUUUCUGCUGAUAAUGAAUCUGGUAACAGAUUUACACAACUAUUGUUGGUUGAUCCAAUGAAUGAGCUAGACCAAAACAAUGAUUGUACUGAACAUCGUAACUCGUCUGAAGAAAAUCAACAAGAAUAUAUCAGAAUAGAUCAACAACAAGAACAUGAACAAAAUCAAAGGCGUUCUCAAGAUGCAGGUAAGCAGCAAGAAAACGUUACAGUUGAUGAACUCGAGCAUUCCUCUGCGAAACAGAAAACCGAGGAGCUUUCUGAUAAGAAUGAAACUGGUAACAGAUUUGCACACCUAUUGUUGGUUAAUCCAAGGUAUGAGCUAGAACGAAACAACGACCAUAAUGAAGAUCGUAGCUCAUCUGAGCUUUCAUAUCAUGACGAGCCAGAGUCAUCACCGGAAGCCACAGUUCAUGACAGAGUCAAAUGAAAAGUGACUGAAUUCGUAAGCUGUAAAAAAGAGUUUGGUGUUAAAGAAAGCAGUAAUGAAUUUGAAAAAACUAUCGCUGAUACGAGAAACUAUCCAAACAUUCAAGCAUCAGGUACAAACAUCUCAUAAGAAAAUCUGUUGCAGUUUGAAGGUCUAUUGUAAAUUUCACAAACAUCUCAUACGAAGAUUUCUCAGGAGAACUAUUGCAUUCUAUUCUAUUUAUAAAAUUUGUUUCGAAGAAUUAGCGUUUGAAGAACUUUUGAUUGUUAUUGAGGCGAGGAUCGGUAUUGUGAAAUCAUUAUAUUUCCUGCCAUCAAUAAUGCACUGGCUUAAGUCUUUAAUGUUGGCUAGCCAGCUUCGGGAAGAGAUCGCUGGCCACAUGACUGACAUACACGUCUCAAUCUCACUGGUACCCUGCUUAUCUUCAUGCUCCCAUGAUCAGUUCUCCAAACCUUCCUCCGAACAUUUCCGCCCUGUUGGGGAAGACAAAAAUAGUGGUGAAGUGUGUAGACUUUUUGAUGUUGGAGGCCAAGGAAACGAGAGGAAAUGGAUUCAUUUAUUUGAAGGUGCUAGAGCUGUCAUAGUUUGUGUUGCUAUUAGCGAGUAAGAUUAAUUAAACCAGAUGUAUUUGAUAAUAUAAACAUCUCCAUUUAUCUAUUGUGUUCAUGGUUGCAAGUCAUAGAGAUGGCAAAAUGUAUGGGUGUAUCUGUAGACAUGAGGGUACAAAAGGCUUCUGUUGGUUGUGUAUUU